UAUGCAACUUAUAUAUGACCCGGUGACGGACUCGGACACCAACUCGGCAGCUGAGUGAGUGUGACCGAGUUUGAUAAAGGUCAAAAUGGUUGAGUGACUGUCGACUCAGUGAGUGAAGAAGCAGCAGCAACUUUUUGGUGCGUGAGAGAGAGAGAGAGAGGGUGAGGAAGAGGGAGAGUGGUGAUGAGGAAGCUAAGAUGGGUAAUGGAUGGAGGAGCGUUUUGGGAUUUGGACGUUUCAACUCCAAAAACGCUUGAUGGAUUGGCAUGUCCUGUGCCAGAAGACCCUCUCCCAUUGGGUUUGUCACGAGGAACCAGGCUUUCCAGACCCAAACAACUCCAUUUCAUGCACACUUUCAUGCAUGCCCUUCUUCUUCCUUCCUAUGCCAAACCCCAUGGCCUCACUCUCCAGCGUGUUCUCUCCCUACCCUUUUCUGAAAAUUGGAUUGUAUAUUUACUGGGUCAGUUCAAUUUGCAGAGAUUUGUUUCCUCUGUCAAGAGCAGUAAGGAAACACCAGAGGGGUUUUCCUCUUGGUUAAAAAACAUUGGGAAACACCUACAGCAGAAGUCCUUGUAUGCCUUGGGUUUCUGUUCAGAGUUCCAGUUGACACCGAAUGAUACUUUGCUUUUUGGCUUAGAUGGAUAUGAUUAUGCUGAUAAGCCUCGUGGGAAAGCAGUCCUUCAUCAUGAGUUUCCACAUCAUGAUCUGAAAGUGGAGGCAGUUUAUCCUGGUCUUUUUGUUGAUAAGACUGGUAAUUACUGGGAUGUACCAUUUUCAAUGGCAAUUGAUCUUGCUUCCGUGACUACAUGUGACUCUUCCAUGGGUUAUCAUUUGUCUGCGCAAUACACUUCAGGGGCACCUGAGCAGUUUGAAAGUAAUCAAAAUCAAACUGUUAGAGUACCACCUACUCUACUUCCUGGUUUGGCUUUCAAAAGUGUCUUCUCUUACCGGAUGAACACUGAUAUUUGGAGAAGUGAAGGUCGUAAGUUAAAAUUGGUGCAACCAUAUGACAUAUUUCUUUCAAGUCCUCAUGUCUCUGCCUCAGGGAUUAUUGGCGCUGCUGCAACCGCCGCUUUUGGAGAUAAUUCGGCAAGAGCGCAAGUAGAUGAUGAUAGACAAGGUUCUCCAGGAUUUUUUAUCCAGGCUGCUGGGAUAAAGUCUUCCUUUGUAGCAGAUAUGUUUGCAUCCAUAACAUUGACAGCCCAACAUGGAAACUUCCAAAGGCUUUUUCUGGAUCUUACACGAUUUCAGGCCCGGCUAGAUUUUCCUCGUGGUUCUAAAUUUCUUUCAGGCGCAACAAAUCUAGCACAAGAUCUUCUCAAUUCUCAAAAGCCCAACAUGGACGAUGUUCAGGCAAUUUGCCCCAAUGCUACCUUAUCUCUUCAGCAGCAGAUUGUUGGUCCUGUCAGUUUUAGAGUUGAUUCAGGAGUUACAAUUGAUGUGAAGAACCCUGACUGGCUUGUACAUGCCCAAGAACCUGUAUUUGCUGUUGAAUAUGCAUUGGAAGUACUUGGUUCGGCGAAAGCAGUUGCUUGGUAUUGCCCCAAGCGCCAAGAGUUUAUGGCAGAACUUCGUUUCUAUGAGACAUAAGCCAUAGCCAAGAGGCACUGUAGAAAUAUCUUAUGUUCCUUGAAUUGCAAAAUACUAUGGUCAUUGAUUCAUUAAUUUAACAAUUUUCAUGCUGCCUAAUGACUUACAAUAGAUUUACUUUCAUUGGUGCUCGAGAGCUUAAGGGAAAUCAAACAUCCAUAAAAUAAGAUUAAGGCAAUGAUUAAAUUUGUAUGACUUUCCAUUGAAUGACAAUGUUAUGAAAAACUUUUCAAGUAGUA